AUGGAGGACGGGUUAAUUGAAGCGUGUGCUCAGAUGCGUCUUACUGAGGACGAACAGACGACAAUAACGCUUGAGGAUGUGGUAGAUGAUUUUGCUGAUGAAAGAGCUAAGUUAUGCUUGGUAGGGAAACUGUUAACGCAAAUACCUUAUAACCUGAACCACCUAAGGAAUUCGUUGAUCAGUGCAUGGAAGCUGGUAAAGGGCUUUAACGUGAAAGAUGUGGGGAAUGAUUUAUUCAUCUGUGAAUUAUUUACGAAGAAUGACAAAAAUAGAAUAUUGAGGGAAGGACCAUGGAAUUUUGACAAGCAAUUGAUUCUUUUUGAACAACUGCACGGGAAUAUGCAACCGAAUAACAUGAUUCUGAAACAUUGCGUGGUAUGGGUCAGAAUUUACAACUUACCCAUGAACUGCAGGGGUAGGGCUGCUCUAAGCAAAAUAGGAGCGAAGCUGGGGCGUGUGGUGGAUGUUGACUGUGAUAGUGGAGAAUGUAAUCGAUACGGCAGAAUUAGGGUUAAUUUGGAUGUUUCAAAACCAAUUAUACGGGGUACUAAAGUGAUUAAUCCGCUUGGUGAACAGUGUUGGAUUCCGUUCAAAUACGAACGUAUUCAAAACUUUUGCUACUGGUGUGGACUGUUAGAUCAUAUGGUGGCAGAUUGUGAUGAUAAACCUGAGGAGACAGAAGUUUCGGACUGGCCGUAUGGACCAAGCCUUCGAGCUACACCAAGGAAGAGGAGUAUGAUGGGGAACAAAUCGGGUUCACAGCCAAGAUAUGAUGUAUCCGAUAACCAUACUACUGAGGCGUCUCCAUCGGUUUCUGGUGGGAAUCCUGUGGGACCUCGAAGAUCUCUUAAUCUGGGUCAGAAUGACCGUGAGGAAGUUGAUGACAGUGUGAGUAGGGCAUCUAAAGAGGGCUUGGUUCAGUCACAUGGGAAUGAUGGAGACACUGCCCAUGCUGGUGAUGCAGUGGAUGUACUCGUGCAGUUAGAGGGACUUGUUGAAGUUGACGUCCAUCAAGCUAAGUCAAACGGAAAAAAUGCGGUUGAGAUUGCCAGUACGAGCAAAAAGGGGACGGCGAUUUCAGGGAAAAAACAUAGUACGGAAGGGUUAUGGAAGAGGAAGAAAACUGGCAGGACUGUAGGUAUUGCAACAGAUGGGAGUACUAGCUCAAAAACUACUACGAAGAGACCUAGAAGCUUGUUACAAGGUGGGGAUUCAGACGAUCUUUUCUCUAAGAAAGUUAGAGAUGGCUUAAUGAAUCAGUUUGAAAAAUUCAAGAUAUCGACGGAGACUGGGAGCCAGUCUCGCCGGACGCAAUGA